AUGGCCAAGAAGAAUUCCAAGGCGGUCUCUUCCACUAGGGAAGAGGCCGCUUCUGCACCUCCCGCCGCACUCUUGAACCUGGUCGGAAGCUUCCUGAACCAACAUUCCUUCGCAAAGACGCACAGCGCCUUCCAGAAGGAAGUUGCGAAAAAUGGAUGGUCAUCUGAAACUUCGAUAGAUGGCGAUAACUCCCUGGUUUCGAUCUUCAAGAUCUGGGAAAGCGGUCAAAAUAGCAAGGUCGAAUCCGAAGAAGACUCCGACGACGAUUCUAGUGACGCAUCUAGUGAGGAGUCUAGCGAUGAAUCAAGCAGCUCGAGCUCCAGCGAGGAUGAAAAGACAGUCGCUCCUGCCGCCAAAAAGAAUGUCGUCGAAACCAAAAACUUGAAGCGCAAGGCGCCAGCCGAGUCUAGCUCCUCUGAGUCUUCCGACUCUAGCGACUCUGACUCGGACUCGGACUCUGACUCCAGCUCAGACUCUGAUGAUGAGCCCCAGGCGAAGAAGCGAAAAACAGCCAAGAAAGCAGCUUCGAAACCUGAUUCGGAUAGCGACUCUAGUGACGACGGCAAGAUGGAUGUCGACCAAAUUUCGUCCGAUGACUCGUCUUCUGACGACGACGGUUCCUCCGAGGCCGCCAGCGAUAACAAGAUUGAUGUCGAAAUCGAGGUUGCAGCAGCUGCCAAAGUCGCCCUUCCCGAGUCUGACUCGUCCUCUGACAAUUCUUCUUCUGACUCCGACUCCGACUCCGACUCCGCGUCAGACUCCGACUCAGCAAAGGCCAAAUCCAAAAAGACCAAAGGUGUAGCGUCUAAGGACUCAUCUGACACCUCUGUAACACUGGACAAUCAGUCACCUGCGCCCAAGCCCAAGGUUGAAGAUCCCCCUCUGCCUCCCAAUCCGGUUACCAAUGGCCGCAAAAAGCAAAACGAGCCGUUCUCACGUAUUCCGAAGAACAUUAAAGUCGAUCCUCGGUUUGCUUCUAAUGAAUAUGUUUCUAUGGACUACUCACAGCGCGCCCACGAAGAUUUGAUUGUUACCAAGGGCAAGGGCUUCACUAAGGAGAAGAAUAAGAAGAAGAAGGGCAGCUACCGCGGCGGCAUGAUUGAUAUUACCCAGAAGAAGGGUGUUUACUUUGACGAUUAA